AUGCAGGGGGCUGAAUUGCCCAGGUGGUUCUGUUCUGACACGGAGCUGAGUUCUGCUCACCUGAGCGCUUGCCUGGGUGUGUUCCUGGCAGGAGAGCGUCCUUCCUCCGGAAAGCCCUGCCCAGCAGCCAAGAGGGAGGGGCCCCGGCCAUCAACGCCCCCGGCUGGGCCUCCCCAGGGCAAGGUGCUUGCCGACGUCACCCAGCUGCACAGGACGCCCUCUGCCAGGGGGGGCUCCUGCCGGGUGCAGGGCUGCUUCUUGCAGGCGCUGUCAGACCCCGAGUCCCAGCAGUCCAAGCGCUUCCGGAGCCAGAAGGAGGAGCUGGCGCUGAGCCUCUAUGCCUUCUACAACACUUCUGUCUUUGAGCAAAAGUUGCCGGCGAGUAUGGAGAUCCUCUGGAACAAGAAGAUGCGGAAGACGGCCGGGUGCUGCGUCACGGGCAAGCGGAAGGGGCCCCCGGAGCAGCGCUAUGCGCGGAUCAUGCUCUCCGAGAAAGUCUGUGACUCUGCAGACCGCCUGAGGGACACGUUGAUCCACGAAAUCUGCCACGCAGCCACGUGGCUCAUCCACGGCGUUCGGGACGGACACGGCCGGUUCUGGAGCCUGUAUGCCAAGAAGGCGGCCAUGAUCCACCCGGAGCUCCCUGUGGUGGAGCGGUGCCACAACUACGAGAUCAACUACAAGUUCACCUACAAAUGCUCUCGGUGUGGGAACACGAUCGGGCGCCACUCCAAGUCCUUGGACACGCAGCGCUUUGCCUGCGCCCUGUGCCGGGGCCCGCUGGUGCUGUGCCAGCCCACCAGGAAAGACGGCACGCCGGCCGGCAGGGCGCUGACUCCUUUUGCAAAGUUCGUGAAGGAGAACUACAGCUCGGCAAAGCACUCACAGCAAGGCCUCAGCCACGGAGCCGUCAUGAAGAAGCUCAGCGCAGACUUUGCCUCCUCCCGGGAGCGUGUGCUCAGCCCUUGAUGGAGGGAGGGAGGGAGGGAGGGGCCAGGCCGCAGGGAACCGAUGGCUGCUGGCGCCCCUCUCCCUCCCCAGCCCAGCCCGGAGGCAACAGUCCCCCCCCCCCUUGACCCACACAUGUUUUUAAUAUAGCUCAGAGCAUUGAAUUGCUGGAUCAGUUGCAAAUAAAGUAGAGGAAAGGCU